AUGGAGGAGGAGCAGACGUACCUGGAGCUCUACCUGGACCAGUGUGUCGCCCAGGAUGACCUCGCUGCGCCCAGGUCGCCACUGCUCAGCCCAGUCACACCUGAUGUUGUGGACAUCCCUAAUUCAUCCCAUCCAGAGACUGUGUUUAAUUCACAUCUUGAAGAAGUCCAAGAAACCUCUGGCCAUUUCUCAUGUGUGGAUCUUAGCUUCCUACCAGAUGAACUUACCCAAGAAAAUAAAGACCAGAGUGUCCUUAGAAGCAAGCAUGAAAUUGAAGAAAAUUAUAAAACUCAAAGUCCGCCAAGGAAGAUGUCAUUACCCAGAGAACAGGACAUUGGUCUGGGGUUAAUAAGCAGCAGCAAUGUAUCGAAUUCCCACUCACAUCUGCAUCCUGGUGAUGCUGAUUCAGUCCAGCCUUCUCUUGAGAAACCAAACUCCAUGCCUCUGGUAUCCAUAACGCCCAUGACACCAAUGACCCCUGUUUCAGAAUGUUCUGGAAUUGUGCCUCAGCUACAGAAUAUAGUUUCCACUGUAAACCUGGCCUGUAAAUUGGAUCUGAAGAAAAUAGCUUUGCACGCAAAAAAUGCAGAGUAUAACCCAAAGAGGUUUGCUGCUGUCAUAAUGAGGAUCCGAGAGCCCAGAACAACCGCCCUCAUAUUUAGCUCUGGAAAAAUGGUCUGCACGGGAGCCAAAAGUGAGGAGCAGUCUCGACUUGCAGCGAGGAAGUAUGCUCGUGUGGUGCAGAAGCUGGGGUUCCCAGCCAGAUUCCUCGAUUUUAAAGUUCAGAACAUGGUUGGAAGCUGCGAUGUGAGAUUCGCCAUCAGGCUGGAAGGUCUGGUGUUAACCCAUCAGCAGUUCAGUAGUUAUGAACCUGAACUGUUUCCUGGCCUUAUUUAUAGAAUGGUGAAACCACGGAUUGUGUUGCUUAUCUUUGUAUCUGGAAAAGUUGUGUUGACAGGUGCCAAAGAACGUUCUGAGAUCUAUGAAGCAUUUGAAAACAUCUAUCCUAUUCUAAAGGGUUUUAAAAAAGCCUGAGCAAGUCACUCAGCAUCUCACAUUACACUGUUUUGAGUGUGUGCAUAAGCCCAGCGCAAACCACUGGAUCGUAGA